AUGACCAAGGGCAUUACCACCACGCUCGGCUCUGCCAUCUUUCGCGACCGAGUGCCUGAAAUCGAUUCCAUCGUCGUGGAGCGGGUCAAGGCCGCCGGCGCGAUCAUCCUCGGCAAGACCAACACGCCGGAGUUCGGCCAGUCUGGCACCACCGAGAAUCUGGUUAGCGAACCGUGCCGCAACCCCUGGAACACCGACUACACCCCCGGCGGCAGCAGCGGCGGAGCGGCGGCGGCGCUGAUCGCCGGCCUCUGCACCCUGGCCACCGGCAGCGACGGCGGCGGCAGCGUUCGCAUCCCGGCCAGUUUCAGUGGCGUAACCGGCAUCAAACCGUCCCACGGGCGCGUGCCCCGCUACGGCGGGUACGGCGUGCCGUCGGUCAAUCACUUCUCGCAGUCCGGCCCCAUGAGCCGUACCGUCCGCGACACCGCCCUGCUCCUCCAGGUGCUGGCUGGCCCCGACUCACGCGACCCGAACACCAUGACCGACACCCCGCCUGACUACCUGUCCGCGCUGGAAGGUGGCGUGAACGGCUGGCGUAUCGCCUGGAGCGCCGACCUCGGUUACGCCGCGGUUGAUCCGGAAGUUGCCGCCAUCACGCGGGCCGCCGCCCAGGUUUUUCAACAACUCGGCGCCCACGUCGAAGAGGCAGCGCCAGAAAUGGAAGGCGACCCCUUCCCGGCAUUCUCCACAGUCUUCGGCACCGCAUCCUAUGCCUCCUACCAGAAUCUCUAUCCGGAGCGACGGGACGAGCUUACCGACUAUGUGCGCAACACCUUCGACUCCGCCUCGAAAUUGUCAGCCGCCGACCUGUCGCGGGCCCUGGCCUAUGUCGACCGGCACAAACGCCGGUUCGCCGAUUUCUUCAACGACUAUGACCUGUUGCUCACCCCGGCAAUGGCGGUUACUGCAUUCCCCAUCGGAGAGCAUCCAACCAGCAUCGCCGGCCGCGACGUGGAACCCUGGUGGGGCUAUCUUCCCUUCACCUUCCCCAUCAACAUGAGCGGGCAAACCGCUUCCAGCGUGCCCUGCGGAUUCUCCGCCGCCGGCCUCCCGGUUGGCCUGCACAUAGUGGGUGCCGCCGGAGCCGAAGCCCGCGUCCUCCGGGCCAUGGCCGCCUUCGAGGAGGCCCAGCCCUGGGCCCACCACCGCCCACCGGUAAGCUGA